UUUUUUUUGAUAUUUUAUUUUUCAUUCAGUGUUCGAUAUCGGCAUUGGAGUUCAACUAAUUCGGAUCGCGCACUGCAGGACUUGUUCUGAGGGUAGUGUUCUCAAUUCUUUUCAUAUUCAGAACUCAAACCUAAAACUUCUGAUUAAGAAUGAAAUAGUCUCGCCACUAUAUCAGAACUCAUGGUGGUGAUUCCUCCCCAUUAUUAUUAUUAUUAUUGAUAAAAUAGGAAACUAGAUCAUUUUUCAAAGUUCAACCAAUGUUCACAUCUAUCCAGAAGCAAAUAUAGUUUAUUAAUAAUUCCAUCGAAUACUCCUAUCUCUCGAGAAAAAUCGUAUGUGUGUUUUGAGAGAGAGACAUAAUGGAUUACUAUACACUUGUGUUGGGAUUCACUUUUGUCUUGAGUUAUCUUUAUGUCAUAGCCAAAAUAUGUGGUAGAGGAAGCAAAAAACUUCCACCAGGUCCAUCACCAUGGCCAAUUAUUGGAAGUCUUCACUUGUUAGGUGCAAAACCCCAUGGAUCACUAGCCAAUCUUGCAAAAAUUUAUGGCCCAAUUAUGAGUUUAAAACUAGGACAAAUAACAACAGUGGUCAUUUCUUCAUCAACCAUUGCAAAACAAGUGCUUAAAACUCAAGAUCAAGCUUUUUCAACUAGAUUUAUCCCUGAUGCCACUCACGCACACAACCAUUACCAGUUCUCUGUUGUAUGGCUUCCUGUUUGUCCUCAAUGGCGAACUCUUCGGAGAAUCAUGAACACCAACCUCUUCUCCUCAAGUAGGCUUGAUGCAAAUCAACAUCUGAGGUCUCAAAAGGUGAAAGAACUGAUUGCUUAUUGUGACAAAUGUAGUCAAGAAGGUAAAGUUGUUGAUAUAGGUCAAGUUGCUUUCAAGACUAAUCUCAACUUGAUGUCUAACACCCUUUUUUCCAAGGACUUGGCUGAUCCUUUCUCGGAUUCAAAGGUAGAGUUGAAGGACGUUAUCUGUAGUAUCAUGGUUGAGGCAGGGAAGCCUAACCUAGUGGAUUUUUUCCCCAUACUUGAAAAGAUUGAUCUUCAAAGAAUAAGACGUAGAAAUAUCAUUUAUGCUGGUAAAUUGUAUAAACUUUUUGGUGAUUUGAUCAACGAGCGCGUGGAGGAAAAGAAAAAGGGGUUCAAUAAAAAGAGUGAUGUUCUAGAAACGCUUCUCAAUAUUUGUGAAGAAAAUUUCGAAGAGAUUGAUCAUAAUCACAUCAAGUCCAUAUUUCUGGAUUUAUUUGUUGCUGCUACGGAUACAAGUACAAGUACAGUGGAAUGGGCAAUGGCAGAGAUACUUAAACAACCCGAGAUUAUGAAGAAAGUUCAAGUUGAACUUGCAGAAAUCAUUGGAAAAGGAACAUUAAUUGAAGAAGUUGAUGUGUCUCGACUCACUUACUUACAGUGCAUCAUCAAAGAAACCUUAAGAAUGCAUCCUCCAGCUCCACUAUUAAUUCCGCGCAGAGUGGAUCAAGAUGUUGAAUUGUGUGGUUAUAUCAUUCCGAAAGGUUCACAGGUAUUAGUCAAUGUAUGGGCAAUUGGCCGAGGUUUUACUUUAUGGGAGGAUCCUUUACUAUUUAAACCUGAAAGGUUUUGGAAUUCAAAUAUUGACAUGCGAGGACAAGAUUUUGAGUUGAUUCCAUUUGGUGCUGGUCGAAGAAUAUGCCCUGGUUAUCCAUUGGCAUUGAGAAUGAUUCCAGUAAUGUUGGGCUCACUGUUAAAUUCGUUCAAUUGGACGCUUGAAGCAGGCAUUGUACCGAGAGAUUUAGACAUGGAGGAGAAGUUUGGUCUCACCUUAGCCAAAGCUCAACCUUUACGAGCUAUUCCAUCUCCACUAUGAUGUUGUGGGGUUAAAAAAUAUUUAUCUGUCCAGUAUUUAUAUUGAUCAAGCAUGUAUUCUAGUGUAAGCGAUUAGCGAAUAAGCUGAUAAGUAGUGUGUGUUUGCAUUACAUCCAUAUUUUGUACUAUGUUCUUAUUGAUUUCAUAUAGACAUUGAAUGCGAAUAGAUUUCAUUUUAUACAA